AUGAAAACUGUGGGGGAAUCGCGCCAGCGAUGGGACGCUCUCUUCAAAUACAACAAGCUCAAUUCACUAGAAGAAUUGAAACAAGAGCUAAGGUCCAAGAUCCACGGGAAUCCUUGUGAAGAUGGCCUGCGAUCAAUCUGUUGGAAAGCCUUCCUUCUUCACAAGAGCCUAGAUCAGACUUCAUGGCCAACUCAACUAUCAGAUACAAGAGCUGCAUAUACUUCAUUGCGAGAUCACUUUCUAAAGUAUAUCGAGCACCCAGACGAUCUUCCCUCGACAGUGGAUCCACUAGCUGAAGAUGACAAUUCGCCAUGGCAGUCGCUUCGGCAAGAUGAGAGUAUUCGAACGGAAAUAUACCAAGACGUAGAGAGAUGCCAUCAGGAGAACUACUUCUUUCGGGAGCCAACAACAAAACAAAGAUUGCUAGAUAUUUUGUUCAUUUUUGUCAAAUUAAAUCCAGAUCUUGGCUAUCGUCAAGGCAUGCACGAGCUGCUUGCUCCAAUAUUAUGGGUGAUCUGGCAUGAUGCGAUUGAAAAGAGCUCCUUGCCCAAAAGUGACAGCAAGAAUGACGAUGCUAUCUUACUUCAAACUCUAGAUUCAGACUAUAUUGAGCACGACGCCUUUGCAAUUUUCUGCGCCAUCAUGCAAACUGCAAAACUAUUCUAUGAACAUGAUGGCAUGGGGUCCGCUUCCGGCACACGGGCUAUAUCAUCCAUCAUAUCUCGAAGCCAGCAUAUACAACAAGAUAUGCUAGGUGCCGUCGAUCCAGAACUGGCAUCUUACCUUGAGUCUAUUGAUAUUUUACCGCAAAUAUACCUCACGCGCUGGCUGCGAUUGUUUUUCGGGCGAGAAUUUUCAUUCGAAGAUAUGCUUUCCGUUUGGGAUCUAUUGUGUUCCGAAGCAUUUAGACCCACAUUCAUUGAGCUGGUAUGUGUGGCAAUGUUACUACGAAUCAGAUGGCAUUUAUUGUCGAGUGAUUAUUCGUCCGCACUCGGCCUUCUUUUGAAAUAUCCUUCCCCAGACCCACACAGCCCAGAAAGCUUUGUGAAAGAUGCGCUGUUCCUGGAGGAAAACAUGACACUAGAUGGCGGAGAUCUCCUAAUCCUGAAAUACUCAGGCAAAUCUCCAGAGAACAAGAGAAGGAACUCACUGCCCCGGAUAUUUCGCGCGACUUCUCAGAAAAGGAAUUCUCCUUACAGGGACGCCAGUUCCCGUUCUAGUGACAAAAGUCCCUCAAGCAAAUCGCCACUCAGCCUAGGCCAUUUGGAUUCAUUAUUUCAGGAUAUGUCUGAUGGCAUUUACCGACGAACGGAGGGUUGGAGUGUUACCAAAGCGGUACGAGGAGCAAUGACUGAGGCUCGACGAAAUAUACACGUCAUUCAAUCUAGCCCUAGUACGCCUAGGUUAUCAACUGAAGAACCACCUACGCCGUCGACCAGAGAUUCUAUGACUGCGCGAGAGCUGAGUUCGAAACUGGUAGCACUUGAGGGUCGAAAUAGGAGACUAGCCGGCAUACUUGGGGAUGCAAUAAGUGACCUGCAUGCUCAUACGAAAUCCCAAGGCCCCCCUGCACCCGACCCGUCAAAAGACAUAGAGAGGAUCUUUGAGAAGCUCGAAUCCGUACAAAAGUUGCUUCAAGACUCUUCGCAGCCUAUGCCUGAGAAGCUGCUACUCACGAACCGUUUGAAGAGAAGCAGUCUCAGCGCGCCUAAAUCACUACCGCCGAAAGAUAGUCGGGCGCCGCAGGAAAGCCGCAAAAACGCCACUGAGACUUCGGCCUCAUCCGCCGCAUCAACCGCAAACGACCCCGCAGAUCUAGUUAAACCGACGCUAACUCGGCCUAUCCUGCGUGCUCCGCUUGCCGAAUCAUCCUUCUCGUGGAUGCUUGGGGAGGGUGAACGCCGUUCGGCGUUCGCCCCAUGCGCGUCAGUGCCGCCUGAGCACCUGCGAAAACAUGAACCGCGCACGCGGCCAGCCAUGCUUUUCGGGGAUCAGCGCAGCGACGACAAGUAUAAGCGAACCGAGGAAGUGGAGAAGGACGUGCUGGUAUUAGAUCGGCUACAGGGAAGCUCAAAGGAAUGA